AUGGCAGGAGAACUCGACGACCUCGAAGCUAGAAGAACAACAGGGGUUUCUGAAGACAACGAAGAAUACGACAAGGAGCUCGAAGACCGCCUCAUCGGUCUCGACGAAGUUGCACUCAAAGAACGUGUGAAGAAGAAUGCUGAAAGGCAAAAGUCUGUGUCGUUGGGCGAGCUUUAUAAGAUACUAGACAUCCCUGAAGACGUGUUAGCUAGAACCUGCGAGGCUGCUCCCAGAGAGCUUUCCUGUCCUGAAUAUUGGCUAGAGUGGUAUCGAAAAACGCUAGCCACGACUGAAGCUGCUAAACGUGCGAACCGUGGCUUUAGGUCAACCUCGAAUGAGGAGGCCGUGCUUGAAGUCGAGCGGGAAAACAACGUCCCCGCUCGAACAGACUCUGUGGACGACAAGGGAGAGUUGGAGGAACCAGGAGGAGUGUUCUCCGUAAGGUCACGCCCUCCACCAGAGAAUCCCAAGCCUCCGGACGGGAGCGUCGACGUCGACGAAUUCGUAGUACAAGAAAAUGGAGACGGAGUGCUCGGUUACGUGAAUCUGAUCGCUGGCCCUGAACGGUGGAGAGAUUCUGAAUCGGACGAGCUCGGGUUGACGGAUCUGCCCCGAGAAGAGUGGACAUAUGCUGAACUAUUCUGGAAGGCAAGCGAGUCAUCGCCUCUGUUCAAGGAGUCGAGGCCCUAUCUACGGGAUUCGUCGACUGUGUUCCCGCUGAAUUGCUCAUAG